GAGUACUGUCAGUAUAAUAACUGUAAUGACUAUUUAGUAGUAGGAGUUUUAUAACAACAAAAAAUGUAGUUAAAUUUUGAAUAGAGCUAAUUAAAAAGUUCAUAAACAUCUAUGUACAACCGUACAUUGAGGUUGUUUGUACACAAGAUUUUUCGGAUUGCUGGUUGAUCUACACAGACUACACAGACUACACAGAUGACUGCGUUAAACAGAUUUCAAUCAAGACGUUGCCUUGUUCUAGUAGGUAUAGCGAUAUUGGCCGUAGUGGUCUCAUUGUUGGUUGUAUUAUCACAUAAUGCAAAAAUUCCGAAUAAUGAAGAAAUCCAGGAUACAGAUGCUCUGUUGCCACCGUCAAACAUACCAAUGGGUAUUUACGGCCGAGCCGGUGUUGUGUCUAACGGAGAACCGUGUGCUCAAAUCGGACGAAAUGUUUUGAAAAACGGAGGCAAUGCAGUCGAAGCAAUUAUAGCGACAUUGAUAUGCGAUGGUGUUCACUGUCCAGAAUACAUGGGGUUAGGCGGAGGAUUUUUGAUGACUAUUUACAAUGGUACUACUAAAACAGCAACAUCAGUCAAUGCACGUGAAUCGGCACCAGCGGCUGCCAAUGAGACUAUGUUUGUUAAUGACUCAGUAAAAUCUCAAAUAGGAGGACUGGCAAUUGCCGUACCCGGAGAACUUCAAGGAUACUGGACUAUUUAUAACAAAUAUGGCGGUAAAGUUACGUGGAGUUCGUUAUUUGAGCCAACGAUUAAGCUGUGCGAAGAGGGAAUAGUAGUUAGUCGGCGUUUGGCAAAUACCUUGGCGCGAUAUGAAGACUUAAUAAAAACAACUACAACAAUCAAGGAUUAUUUUAUCGAUAAAACAACCGGCCAUGCCAAAAAAGCCGGAGAUACUUACAAACUACCGAAAUUAGCCGAUACCAUGAGGAUCAUAUCAAAAGACGGAGCAGACGCACUGUAUAAUGGACAGUUGACAGCUGGUAUUAUAAAAGACAUUGAAAAUGCCGGGGGUAUAAUUACUGCGGAUGAUUUAGCAAACUACAAUGUGGAAAUUGAAGAGGCAUUUAACGUGACCUUGAGUAACGGUCUGACAUUACACGCAGGACCACCCCCAGGUUCUGGUGUAAUAUUGGCUUAUAUCCUACGAGUACUCGAUGGAAAACUACCAGCGCCUAAUGGAGGUUUGGAUGCCCAUCGUUUAGUGGAAGCGUUCAAAUUUGCUUAUGGCGAACGGACUCAUCUUGGCGACCAUAACUACGUGAACGUGUCUCAGAUUUUCGAAAAAAUCAAAUCGGACGAGUACAUGAAAGACAUACAAAACAAAAUUAACGAUAGCUACACAUCGUUGGACCCAGAGUAUUACGGAGCGGAUUUUGGAAUACCCGCUGACCACGGUACAGCCAACGUAGUCGUUUUAGACGAUCAAGGAAAUGCCGUUGUUGCCACAAGCACCGUUAACACGAUAUUCGGUUCAGGCGUAAUGUCCGAAAGCACGGGUAUUAUUUUAAACAACGAAAUGGAUGACUUUUCCACACCGGGUGUUCCAAAUUACUUCGGUUUUCCACCAUCCCCAGCAAACUACAUACGACCAGGGAAAAGGCCGAUGUCAUCGAUGUGUCCAACAGUGAUAACAAACAGUGAAGGAGACGUUGUGCUAGCGUUGGGAGCAGCGGGUGGAUCUAAAAUCACACUAUCUACAUCUUAUGUGACCGCUCUGGUAAUUUGGUAUAAUAAAUCGCUUAAAGAAGCUGUAGACGAGGCCAGACUCUAUCACCAAUUGAUGCCGAUGCAAAUUGAUUAUGAAUAUGGUGUGCUCAGAGAAGUGGUUGAAGAAUUGAUUGCAAUUGGCCACCCGGUAAAAAGAUUGAAAUUGAAAGGAGGUUCAUCCGUUACAGCUAUUCACAAAACCACGACGGGCCAGAUAACAGUCAUGUCAGACUUCAGACGACCAGGAAAUACUUCGGGGUAUUAAGCCAACGAACUUUACGGAUUUUAUGCCGUGUUUCCUCUAAAUUUGUUAUUUGUCGUCGUUUAAGUUCCUACCCCAAAUUUGACGCAAUAUCCUCUUUCACCACUAGGAAAUAAAGAUGUGGUGAAAAAUUGUUAAUAAUUGUUUAUUUUUAAUAAUAUAAGUUUUUGU